AUGUCUCGGAUGAUUCUUGUCCUCCUGGAAAACCUCGAUGCUAGCACCCUUGUCGAUAUCCUGUACAUCCCAAUCUCUGUUUCUGCUGCGCGACAGGCCACAGCGACUUGCGUCAACCAAAUCCGGGCCGUGUCCUCGGGAACUGUCUGUGUUGCGACGGUUCAGAGUGUUGCCCCUGUUGUGUCAUAUUUUGGCCGUCGACUCGACACUUGA